AUCCUUUCGCGCAGCCUCAUCUUCUCCACCAGUCGCUGCCUUAUCCUCUCUCUCUGCGCCCCCUCGUUGGCCCUCUCCGCUGCCGGAUCGAUGGAGCACCACUCGAUUCGGCAGCUCCGCGACAAGUUUGGUCGGUUCUGCGCAGGCCCGGUUCUCCUCGCCGAAGGCGGAGACGACCCCCUCGCCGCAGCUGGAGAACCCAUCGCCGCAGGCGGAGAAGACCCCUUGGCCGCAGGCGGAGACCCCCUCGCCGCAGGAGGAGAUGAUCCCCUCGCCGCAGGAGGAGAUCCCCUCGCCGCAGGAGAUGAUCCCCUCGCCGCAGGAGGAGAUGAUCCCCUCGCCGUAGGAGGAGCCCCCCUCGCCGCAGGUGGAGACGAUCCCAUCGCCGCAGGAGGAGAUGAUCCCCUCGCCGCAGGAGGAGCCCCCCUCGCCGCAGGAGGAGACGAUCCCAUCGCCACAGGAGGAGACGACCCCUUGGUCGCAGGCGGAGAUCCCCUGGCCGCAGGCGGAGACGACCUGGAGAUCGUCCCGCUCUCAGGCGACAAGCCCUUCUUCACCAUUGUCUUGUCUAAGGGCCAUGUAGAGAAGCCUGCCCAGCUGGAGAUCCCGAGUCGUCUCCACUCCCACCUGCCGGGCUCGCGCGUCCCAGCAGUGCUCCUGUUCGGCAACCAGUCAUGGGCGGUGACCUACUGUGGUGAACUCAAGUGCAAGAAGCUCGGUCCGGGGUGGAGGGACUUUGUCGUCGCCAACCGUCUGCGCAUCAGGGACGCCUGCGUCUUCGAGCUCAUCACGCCAGCUGCUGGAGGAACUGGGAGUGAGGGUGAUGGGAAGGUGGUGUUCCGGGUGCAGGUGCUGCGCGGGGACUUGCCGGAGGAGAUCACCUCCAGGGGCGCCACCUCUCAGGAUCCCAUUGUCAUCGUGGACAACUAAGAACCGCACUCUGUUUAGCAGUAGCUAGUAUCUAGUAGGAGAUGACAAAUGGCUGCAAGCUAGUAGCUAGUAGGAGAUGAAAAAUGGCUGCAUGUUUGUUGUUUCAGACUCUGUGACUGGAAGGUUAAUUUCAUGAAAUAUAUAUUUGUGUAUUAUGCUGUCUGUC